AUGAUCAGCGAUGGCCUGUCCAAUCCGAAAUACGUCAGCCCUAAACCGCAGGAGCCCCUGCCAUACAGUCCCAUUAAGUCUUCGCCGCAGACCGAGGUGGCGGCAAUGGCAAAUGGAGUGACUAACUCCCAGCUCAUCACAAGCAUGAACCCCGGCGCCUUCAUCCUGCACUGCCACAUCCAGCCUCACCUCGCGGGUGGCAUGGCCAUGGCGAUGCUCGACGGCGUGGGCAAGCGGCCAGCUAUCCCGGCAGCGUACGGUCCGAAUGACAGCGGCAUGGGCAUGCAGGGUCGGGAGGACUUAUUACGGGGCAGCCAUGCGAGUUCUGACGGUCUAGAAGCGUUAGAUUUCCAAUGCGAUGCAAUGCAAUCGUUUCGUUCGUUCGAGCGAGCGUGCGUGCGCGGCGGUAUCCAUUCUAUGAGACUCGUUAAUUCUAGCUUUCCGUGCGUGUGA